AUGCGGUCACAAGCUGCAAAACCUUUACCGAAGAAGGGAGCUUUAGGAAAGACAUCUUUUAAAGCAAGUUCGGCUGCUAAAGAAGUCAAGAAAAAGGGAGUUUCGCCCAAAAAAGCUAAACCACCUCAAAAGUCUGCAUUAAAAGGUUCUAAGAAAAAAACUAGCGAUGAUGCAACAUGCAAUAAAAAUGAAGGCGAAUGUCCUGUUAAAGACAAAAAUGACUCAUCAACACCAGACGCAACAAAAAUCGAAUCUACUAAACCAAAUACAUCUAGAGAGGAUCCUCCUACAAAAAAAUCUAAAAAAGAUCGCAAAGAGACCAAAGAAAAGGCUAAAGUAUUGACUAAAAAAAUUGUUGCGAAAAAGUCGAUAAAAUUAACGAAAAAAAAUAAAUCAACCCAAAAAUUAAAGAAAGAAGAUAAUGAUGACAUAAAGUACAAAAUAAAUUUAGAAGCAGUUAAGAAAGUUGCUACAAAAAUACCUAAAGCAGCAGUAAAAUCUAAUGUAAAAAGAGGAAAUUUAGCAAAUCAAAAGAAAAAUGUUUCUAAUACAAUUAAAGAAACAGAACAAAUGAAAAAAGAUAAAAUGUUUGUAGAAGAAGGAAAAAAUAAAGACAAUAUAGAAAGUCAACAUGGUGUUGACAAAUCUGAAAAUAAAGACGGAAAAAGUUGUGAGUUACAAUCUGAAAUUAUAAUUGACCGAAAAAUAGAAGCAGCACAUUGUGAAAAAUCAGAAAUUAACAUCGUUAAAGCUUGUCAACAAAAUUCUUUAGAUGUAAACCUUCAGGCAGAAACACCAAAAGCUGAAAAUGAACGACCACCUAAAUUUUUUACUUCAAGUAGAUCUCCAAGAACCGUUGAUAUUGAUGUAAAAUGUUGUAAAAAUUCAAAAGGCAAUUUGAGCGUCUCCGAGAGAUUUUUGUCUCUAAAAUCUGAUGAUAACAAUAAGGAGAAAAAUUCUUCUAAUAAUCUUGUUUCUCAAGGCCCUGAAAUAGAUGUUUACACUUUUACAGAAAAAGUCGACUCGCCAAAGAGUAUCCUUUCAGAUUUUAGAACUCCUACAAAUAAAAGUGUAGGACGAGUAAGACCAAUAGCUAGGGUAAAAGGCACUGUUAUUGAUAAAAAAGCAGAUACUGAACGAAAAAAAUAUUCCCCUCAUCGACCUAUUGAAGAAGUUGUUAAACAACUGAAGGCUAAUAAGCGAUCAGAAGAUGUCAAUACAGGUCAAAAUAGUACCAAUUACGUGACUUCCGGCUUAGACUUUGGGGCAUUUACUGAAGGAAAUGAAGUUGACGAUAAGCCACCAAUAGUAAGUAAAUCAUAUAAAAUGGUUGCACGAAAAUCUAGCAUUACUGGAAAGCCUUUUAGUCCUAUUAAAUUCCUUGAUCAAGAAUCUUCUCCUAAAACUGAAGAUAAACCUGGAACUAAAUCGAGUAAUGUCAAGAAAAAUACUAACAAAAAGAAACAGCAAAAGAAAAAUUGCUUAUCUGAUGAAGAAAUCAAUACGUCGACCUUUUCUCUUAAUACUAGUGUGAACUAUACGUCUUCAGAAGACAGUGUAAGUGAAUCAAAUGACGAUAACGAUAGUAAAGAGUCUUCAGAAUCAGAUUCUUCCAAAUCUAAGAAGGUAAAGAAUAAAAAAUAUAAAAGAAUUACUGAUGGGGCAAAAAAAUCGACUUCAAAGGAGUUAAAAGAGCUUUCAAAAGAUUCUUUAAUUGACUUAAAAGAUACAUCAGCCUUAUUAGGUAACGAGAAACCCAGUAAAAGACGACUAAAGCUGCUGUCCAUGUGGAAUGGUCCUAAAAAGCAUAGAAUGGCUUCCUUGAAUGCUUUAGCAAAAGUGCACUGUUUAUAUGAAAAUGAAAGUAGAACUCACAUGGAAUUAGGUCUAAUGAAAACUGUUGAUAGGCCAGUAAUACCCAGCACAUCAAAAGCUUCAACGCCUAAAAAGAAAGAAAAUAAAUCUAGGGAAGCCGAAAAACAGGAUAGUAGCAGUACAUCAGAAUCAGAAUAUGAAAAUAAGAAUGAGAAAGAAAAAGAAAGUUCUGAAAGCUCUGAUGAUAACCCUCCUCAAAGAACUUUACGUGGCGUACCAGGGAUAAGAAGUGCUGGUAAAUAUUGGGAUCCAAAAUCAUCAACUUCAUCUAGCGAAGAUAGUGAACUUGAGUCUCGGACAAAAAAUACUACGCCGGAUAAAAAGAAAAUCGCAACAAAGUCUUCAUCUACAGCAAAAUUAGACUCUGAUAAACCACCGCCUAAAAUGAAGAAAACGUCCGGAGUACCGGUAAAGAAAAAACGCAAUAGAAAUGAGGUUGUUAUGGACUUAAAAGAUAUGGUAGUUCAAAAGCGAAUGGCUAGUCUGAAUGCUACUGCUAUUUUAGCAGCGAGUUAUGAAAAACGUUCUCCAAAAUCAAAUAAGGAUGAUACAACAUCAGAUUCGUGUAGUGAUGAGUCUUUUUCUCAAAAGCCAAAAAACGUAAUAAGUUCCGGCGUAAAGUCGGAAUUAAAAACUGAAGAUACUAAAAAAGAAAGCGAUGAAUCUGCAAUAGCCGACAGGAAACAAAAAGUGGAGGUUAUCGUAAAUCAGGAUACAGAUGUUACGAUUACGGGGGUGUAUUCCACGCACCAUCAUGAAGGUUUUUGUACCGUCUCAGGAAUGCAAUAUCGCAUCUCAUCGACUAGCCAUACUCAAACUACAGCAACGGCUAAUUGUGAUAAGGAGGGUUGUUCUCGAGAGGAGGGAUCUCGUUACACGCCUCUCUCUGCAUUAUCGUCAAUGCAGCCUCCCGCAGAACAUGCACACACACAUCCACAUCCAGUGCCAGAACUGGGUGGCCUGGCCCGUCGGGCAGCGGGCUGUUCCAGUGCGUUCUCCGCUCCCUCACCAGCCGCACAUCAUGAUCCAGCCACGGCGGCCAAUAUCAUUGAGACUAGCCAACUGCGCAGGAGAUAUUAUAGUGCACAAGUGUACGCGCAGACACAACGUGCACUCUCUAUUCCUGUCACUCUUAUACUC